AUGAAAACCAGCUUCAAUAUUUUGCUUUUUGUUACGUUUCUUCUAUUCUGUACCGAAGCCCAAACAGAAUAUCCAACUGUAGUAGAAUAUUGGUGCGGCAAGCCUUAUAUUCCAAAAAAUAAAUUUUUCAAAAAUAUUCAACAUUUGAGGCGAGACAUUAAUCAGUGCAGCAAACGUGCAACAUUUGACUCGACAAGCGAAGAUAGUACAGGUUAUCAUGACACUUUUUCACCAACGAGUCCCUCAACGAUUAGGCUUCCGACAACACGUGAUCCAAUCCCUUUCGUGCCGAAUCUGAGCAAUGGAUAUACCGCUAUGUUUCAAAAUCAACCUUAUCUGAGUACUGAUUCGAUUGGUUCAUUAAUGGUUACUGUGACCAAUACUACCUCGACUAUUGUUGUCAAAGCAUCAUUAGAUGAUGGAACAGAAAUACUUGCGGCAACUAGAAUCAACAUUGAAGAAAAUGUGGUUAAAGUAACUUUUUCACUUGCAAAGAUCGUACCAAAAUUGAAGGCGUACAAUGUUAAGAUUUCAUUCUAUACUGAGUUUGAUGGCAUAUUGGUUCAUAUUACAUAUUCAGAACUUUAUUAUCUUCCUGCAGGCCCAAAGACUGUCAAGAUCGAUCGGCUAUACGGUGGAAUUUUCACUUCAACAAAUGAAACUAUUUUCCCCGUCGGUCCAUAUGUUGAUGUUGGUGGAUGGUUGGCAAAAGGAAAUAUUCGAGCCAAUAUUCAGACCCUCAAGGAUCUGAAUUACAAUAUCAUUAGCCCCGACCCACCAUACCCAAACAUUUCAUUCAUCCAUCAAAUGUUUCAAGCUGCUGACAUAAUAGGCGGAAUUUAUAUUCAAUAUUCAUUUCGACAUGAUUAUACUGAUACUCAAAAAGUUAUCGACCAAGUAAACCAAUUUAAGAAUUAUUCAAGUUUACUUACAUGGCAUAUAGCAGAUGAACCAGAUGGUGUACAUUGGACAAAUAAUUCUGCAGUUUUUGAAGCAUAUGAAGUUAUAAAAAGAAUGGAUCCGUAUCAUCCAGCUUCUCUGGUGUUAAACUGCCAACAUAGUGCUGCUUUUUAUGCGGAUAGUACUGAUGUAUUGAUCGCUGAUGUUUAUCCGAUUGGUAUCAACACGUACCACUGCACUGAAUAUAGUGGUGUAUGCGGCUGUGAUAAUUGUGUUGGAAAUUUCUCCCUUGAUAUCCCUAAAAGAACUCAAAAAUACAUGGCAGAUUUGGAUCUCAUUGGACGUGGAUUAAUUGUGAAAUGGAUGGUACUCCAAGCUUUUUAUGAUCAAAAUUCUUGGUGGGAGAGAACACCAACUUCUCAAGAGAUCAGAGCCAUGUGGUAUAUUUCAAUAAUAUACGGAUAUAAGGGACUCAUGUUUUGGCGAUUUCCUUUUAUUCUCGAACAUUCAACCAAAGAUCAAAUUACCAAUUUAAGCAAAAGGAUUAAAGAUCUUUCAUAUUAUAUGACUUCGAUGCUACAAUUGCCGCCUUCUCAUAUAAUUAUCUCGCCCGAUUUGAACAUUUAUGCUGGUGGAUGGAUAUCAGAAGAUCGGAAGACAUUUUUGUUGAUUGUGGUCAAUGGUAAUGAGGAACUUCUUAUUAACUUUAGAAUAACCAUCAAGUAUUUGAUCUCUUUGGGUUUACUAUAUGGAGUUGGCGAAACAGAUCGUGGAAAAGAGAGUCGAGUUUUCAUUGAGAAUGGUAUAUUUGAAGGCAAUUUGGAGGCAUAUGAAGUCGGAAUUUUUAUUUUUGGAGAGAAGAAACCCAUAAAAGAAAC